CGUAGACGUCACCGAAAAGCACAGAAACGUUCACUGCGCGCCGCCGCAAGAGCAGAAAGUUCCAAUUCGCUCCGCAUUACACAUAAUCAUCUCUCUCUCUCUCUCUCAAAUUUCAUUCCCUUUUAAAAUCGAUUGCCGUCUUUCGUCUCUGUUUCUCUGUGUGUGUGUCUCUCUCUCUCGCUCUUUGUAUAGGUUUUGACCAUUGGAACACUAGAUUCGUGGUUACGUUUAUACAUCUUUCAAAAAUCUUCCACACUAGCUUAAACAUGGCGGCAGUUGCUCUAUGGCAGCCUCAACAGGAAGGUCUAGGGGAGAUCUGUGGGUUACUUGAACAGCACAUCUCUCCUACUUCAGAUAAGCCCCGGAUUUGGCAACAGCUCCAGCACUACAGUCAGUUUCCUGAUUUCAAUAACUAUCUCGCUUUCAUAUUCGCCCAUGCCGAGGGUAAAUCCGUAGAAGUUCGGCAGGCAGCUGGUUUACUUUUAAAAAAUAAUCUGAGAACUGCUUUCAAAUCCAUGACACCUUCCCACCAGCAAUAUAUCAAAUCAGAGUUGUUGCCUUGCUUGGGAGCUGCAGAUAGGCAUAUAAGAUCCACAGUUGGUACAGUUAUUAGCGUUGUUGUUCAACAAGGACGAGUGUUUGGUUGGCCAGAGCUCUUGCAAGCACUUGUUCAGUGCUUAGACAGUAAUGACUUAAAUCAUAUGGAAGGUGCUAUGGAUGCUUUAUCCAAGAUUUGCGAGGAUAUACCACAGGAGCUUGAUUCAGAUGUGCCUGGCCUAGCGGAACGCCCAAUCAAUGUAUUCCUACCCAGAUUAUUCCAGUUUUUCCAGUCGCCACAUGCCUCUCUCCGAAAGCUUUCCUUGGGUUCUAUAAAUCAGUUUAUUAUGCUGAUGCCCUCGGGACUACUUCUAUCCAUGGAUCAAUAUGUCCAAGGGUUGUUUGCUCUUGCUGAUGAUCCUUCUGCAGAGGUGCGAAAAUUGGUUUGUGCAGCAUUUGUUCAACUAAUUGAAGUCCGCCCAUCGUUCUUGGAGCCACAUUUGAGAAAUGUCAUUGAAUACAUGUUGCAAGCCAAUAAAGACACCGAAGAUGAAGUUUCUCUUGAAUCUUGUGAAUUUUGGUCAGCGUAUUGUGAAGCUCAGUUACCGCCGGGGAACUUAAGAGAGUAUUUGCCACGUCUAAUUCCUAUAUUGUUGUCAAACAUGGUUUAUGCUGAUGAUGAUGAGUCGCUUGUUGAAGCUGAGGAAGACGAGUCUUUUCCAGAUAGAGAUCAGGAUUUGAAGCCUCGUUUUCAUGCAUCACGAUUUCAUGGAGCAGAUAACUUGGAAGACGAAGAUGAUGACACUGUCAAUAUUUGGAAUUUAAGGAAGUGCAGUGCGGCUGGCCUUGAUAUCCUCUCCAAUGUAUUUGGUGAUGAGAUUCUUCCAACAUUAAUGCCUUUAGUGCAGGCUAAGCUAGCUACUACUGCUGAUUCAUCCUGGAAAGAAAGGGAAGCAGCUGUUUUAACUCUUGGUGCAAUAGCUGAGGGCUGUAUUAAUGGUCUAUAUCCUCAUUUGCCAGAGAUGGUGGCAUUCCUUAUCCCACUUUUAGACGACAAAUUUCCUCUCAUACGAAGUAUCACAUGUUGGACACUUUCUCGUUAUAGCAGGUUUGUUGUUCAGAGCAUUGGCCACCAGAAAGGUCGUGAACAAUUUGAAAAAGUUCUUUUGGGUCUUCUAAAAAGAGUACUGGACACUAACAAACGGGUGCAAGAGGCUGCUUGUUCAGCCUUUGCGACACUUGAAGAGGAGGCUGCAGAAGAGUUAUCACCACUCUUGGAGAUUAUUCUGCAACACCUCUUGUGUGCUUUUGGGAAAUACCAGAAAAGGAACCUUCGGAUUGUUUAUGAUGCUAUUGGUACUCUAGCAGAUGCAGUUGGAGGGGAACUAAAUCAGGCUAGAUACCUUGAUAUCUUGAUGCCUCCAUUAAUCACAAAAUGGCAGCAACUUUCAAAUUCAGACAAGGAUCUUUUUCCAUUGCUCGAGUGCUUUACAUCCAUUGCACAGGCAUUAGGUCCUGGAUUUUCUCAAUUUGCUGAACCUGUAUUUCAGAGGUGCAUAAACCUCAUCCAGACCCAACAAUUGGCUAAGGUUGAUCCUCUGUCAGCUGGUGGUCAAUAUGACAAGGAGUUCAUUGUCUGCUCUUUGGACCUGCUUGCAGGACUUGCUGAGGGUCUUGGUAGUGGGAUAGAGAGUUUGGUUGCAAACUGCAAUUUGAGGGAUCUACUUCUACAAUGUUGCAUGGAUGAUGAUCUUGAUGUUCGGCAAAGUGCCUUCGCUCUUCUAGGGGACAUUGCAAGAGUUUGUGCUGUACAUUUGCGUCCACAUUUGGGAGACUUUCUCAAUGUUGCAGUGAAGCAACUGAGUACUCCUGAGCUGAAGAAGAAUCUUUCAGUGGCAAAUAAUGCAUGCUGGGCAAUUGGAGAGUUAGCAGUUAAGGUUCAUCAAGAAAUAUCUCCGAUUGUGAUGACUGUUGUUUCAUGCUUGGUCCCAAUUCUCCAGCAUGCAGAGGGACUCAACAAAUCACUCAUUGAAAAUAGUGCCAUCACUCUUGGAAGACUUGCCUGGGUAUGCCCAGAGCUUGUUUCCCCGCAUAUGGAACAUUUCAUGCAAGCAUGGUGUAUUGCUUUAUCCAUGAUACGUGAUGAUAUUGAGAAGGAGGAUGCUUUCAGGGGUCUAUGUGCGAUGGUUAGAGCAAAUCCAUCAGCGGCUUUGAACUCACUUGUUUAUAUGUGCAAAGCUAUUGCAAGUUGGCAUGAGAUAAGGAGUCAGGAUCUACGUAAUGAAGUUUGCCAGGUGGUAAAUGGGUAUAAACAGAUGCUUGGCAAUGGAGCAUGGGAGCAGUGCAUGUCUACUUUGGAGCCUCUGGUGACAGAUAGGUUGUCAAAAUAUCUUGUAUAAUGGUCAUCAGCCAAAGGGUGGGAAAUUUUUUUAUUUUUUUUUUUAAAUUCUUUCUGGUGAUAGUUUCCAGUCCUCUUCUUCAUAUUUCUGUACCUACAUUCUUCGAUGAUGUUAUUUUCUGCAUCUUGGGAUGGAGUAGUUUAACUAGUUCUAGGUUAGGACAAAAUUGUUGAGGGUGCUACAGCCUACAGUUGAAGGUCCUCAAGCAAGCCUGAAGCUGAAGAUUGGCCUUAUUGAAACAUUGUUGAUUUAAAAGAUGCAGGAAACAUAAGGAAACAGAAGAAGCUGAGCUCAAGAGUGUGAGGAGGGGAUAGAAUGUCCAAAUACGGCUCUUCAUCUGCCUCUGAAGAUAUUAUUGAGUUGUAUGUAUUAAUAAGGAUGGCAUAAAUCUCAGUCCAGUUGGUUCAUCAUAUUCUGGUCAUUGUGUUAAUGUUUAUACAGUGUCAGUGGAUAGGUUUUAAUCUGUAAUCCAUUGAUUGGUCAAGAGAGAGAGGGAGGGAGGGGGGAGGGGGGAGGGUUAUUUGUUAAAGUUUUGUCCAUUCAGUUCCGAUUGUUGUCUUUUAGGUUUCUAGCUGCCAUUUUAACAUUUUCUGUAUUUGCUUUUAUUUUUACUUAGAAGCAGCUUGUCUUUAGAGGUGGAAGGUGUCCAGUGGCCCUGGAUAUCAUUUUUCUUUCCUCAAUUGUAAUUUUUCCAUGAUUGUACUUUCUUUUCCAAUCAUGAAAUGUUUCUCCUA